UAUGGAGAAACAUUCAAAGAAAAGGCAGAGGGAAAACAGUAGCAGCUCUUCAGAAGACGAAUAUACCCUAAGGAAGAAAUACAGGCGUAUACAUAAACGUCUUGAAGAUCUUGAGAGGCGAGAAAAAUCGAACAAAAGUAAAACUUACGCCGUUCGUUCGCCUGCGUCACGAAGACGUUCACGCUCACCUGAUUUGAUAUCAAGAGCGGAUGAUGUUUCUAUCUCUCUUAUUCCUGAGUGUGAGUCUCAGGAUGACCAAGAUAAAAGUUGUUUUGAUAACGACUGGAACGAUAAAGCCUCCUCCAUUGGGUCUUUACUUAUGCAGUCGAGAGAUAACCAAGAGAACAAUAAUAAUCAAAAUAACACCUCUGAACUGUUAGAUUCAGACUUGAAUGCAACAGUUUUGUCCAUAUUGGGCUAUGAUUUAGCACCAAAAAGAAAUAUUAGUCCUCCAUUUCAAAAGGAAGUAGCUUUAAGUUGGGAGGACAUGCUGAAAAAAGGAUUAUUAGAGGAUGAGAGGGUUUCACUUAUGAAUAAAUAUACCCCUCCAGAAAAUUGCCCCUUGUUGGAGGCUCCUAAGGUCAAUCAGGAGGUUCUUAAGGUCAUGAGGGAUGUUAUAGCUCGGAGGGAUAAAAAGAUCAGUGAGCUUCAAAAUCAGGUGGGAUCUGCAAUAUCGGCUUUGGGGCAAGCAUUGACUAAUCUUCUUAAAGAUAUCGAAAAAGAAGAUAAUAGAGUUGUCAUCCAGCUUGUUAAUGAUGCUGCUCGUCUUCUGUUGGAUUUCCAUCAAAAGCAAUCUAAAGUCCAGACGAGAACUAAUUUGUUUAGAUUUGAAGAAGGAAGUGAGAGAGACAUUACCAAAUGUCCAAGUGGACGGAUGGCUUUUCGGAGAAGGUUGUAGACUAUGUCGAAAAAUACGAUUUAAAAAGUUCUUAAAACGCUGAAAGUUUGAAAUCUCUAGGUGCCACCUAUAAAGAGUUAUUAAGAAAAGUAGGAAAAAACGGUCAAAAAAGGGUUUAUGCUUGUUAACACAGCUCACCCUGUAAAAUACGUAGCGCCAUGAAUAAUACCUCUAUUUAAUCCUAAAUGAUUAAGCUUUCAAAUGGUGUAAACAAAAAAAAUUUUUUAGAAGUAGAAAAAAGCUUGAGUUUAAAAAAGCUAAGUUUGAGCUCGUUUAUCUCGGAAGAAGUUUCUUUUUGAAAAAAAUUAUUUUAACACGAAAGAAAGCUACAUUUACGUAGAAAAGGGCUGUUGUCCGCAUUGUCGGGAACGUUACCGUUAAGUCCACACAACCGUUUAAGUCCGCGAGGUACCGCGCUUCAAAAGUUCAAAAUUCAUUCACAGAAAAAUCCGACUUCUAAAGGGUUUAUCUUAAAAAGCGCCCUUUCAGAGCUGCUUUAUAUAAAGGCCUUUAACGUCAAUGCGUUUCAGAAAAUUCGGCUCGGUCAGUUUUCCAGAACGGCUUAAUUAAAAUUUUUUCGUCAAAAAACCGUUUUUUGCCACGCCCACCCUUUCGGGGUGGAUGUGGCGACAAAAAUUUUUUAACCAUUAUAUACGUUCAUCCAUCGUACAUAAAACGGUAAAAACCCGAAAAAAAAAUUCGCGAUAGAACCAAAGUUAUUAGCGUUUAUGUGACGCAGGGCCGGAAAUCACUCGAUUUGUCAUGAGCACAUAAGAAGAGCUUCGCUUUUAUAAUAAUUUAUUCUCCGCAAACGCAGGUAUCAUUUUCGGCUUGUGAAAGUUCAUCCAACAUUCUGCCGCUUAUUUAUUAUUAAUGGGAUAAACUAAUAAAAGGUUACUACUGGAUUUUGUGUUUUAAUUUUUCAACCCUUAUAGGUUCAAUACUUGGCUACUGGAUUGAGGAAAUAUAAGUGAGGAGAUAAUCAAUAGGGAGGAUAUACA